CUGUGUGUGAUUCGACUUGACACAAGGUCAUUCAAUUAAAACAGAAUCCCACAGCUAGCCGGAGUUCAGUUUUCGAAAAUCUUUUAGUUGUUUGUUUGGUAUUGAGUGUUUUCCCCGUUUGUUAAACGAACAAUUUCCAAAAUGAGGAUAAUAGCGCGUUUGCAGAACGUCUCCAAGAUGCUGGACUUCUAUUCGCAGUUCAACCCUUCACCUCUUUCAAUUAAAAAAUUUAUUGAUUUUGGACUCAAUGCUUCAGAAGAAAAAUCAUUCAUAUUCCUCCGUAAAGAACUGCCCGUCCGGCUAGCCAACAUCAUGAAAGAAAUAGCCCUCCUACCGGAUAACCUUCUCAGGAUGCCAUCUGUCAUAGCUGUCAACGACUGGUACAUACGCAGCUUCCAAGAGAUCCUGGAAUUCGAGAAAAAGGAUCCUAACCCCGAUAUUCUGGAGCAUUUUUGUAGCGAAUUGGUCAAAAUCAGGAACAGACAUUCUGACGUUGUGGAGACAAUGGCACAGGGGGUACUGGAGCUCAAAGAGUCCCACGACGUUGACAGCCACACGGAACACAGCAUACAGUACUUUCUGGACAGGUUCUACAUGUCCAGGAUAUCAAUCAGGAUGCUUAUAAAUCAGCACAUCCACCUGUUUUCAGCUCUGAUUUUCGGGGGGUUGCUGGAGAGGGCCCCCGGCCCCAACAAGAGCAAGUACAUCGGCUGUAUCGAUACCCAGUGCGACAUCGUCAGCGUCAUAAGGGACGCGUACGAAAACGCCAGGUUUCUGUGCGACCAGUACUACCUAGCAUCACCGGAACUCAUACUGAACGAGAUACAUCACAAUCAGCUCGAGAAAGAACAAUUUAUUAAUAUUGUUUACGUGCCAUCACACCUGUAUCACAUGCUGUUCGAGCUGUUCAAGAAUUCGAUGAGGGCGGUUAUGGAGUACCACAAUACCAGCGACUUAUUUCCACCCAUUACAGUGACCGUAUCAAGGGGAAGAGAAGAUAUAUGUCUCAAGAUGUCUGACCAAGGUGGUGGUAUCUCAAGGUCAACCACAGAUCACUUGUUCAAAUAUAUGUAUUCUACCGCGCCUCAACCAAGUAAAUCGGACGCACAUACAGUACCUUUGGCGGGGUACGGUUAUGGUUUACCCAUAUCCAGGCUCUACGCUAGGUACUUCCACGGAGAUCUGGUUCUUCUUUCUUGUGAAGGUUAUGGAACUGAUGCUGUCAUAUACAUGAAGGCUCUUUCCAAUGAAGCAAACGAACUGCUGCCCAUUUUCAACAAGGCAACGUCGCGAUUCUACAGGUCCACGUUACAGACGGGUGAUUGGUCGAAUCAAGCCACUCAUAUUGGCGACAGACAGAUUAGCAUACACACUAAAAAACACCAGUUGCCGCAGCAGGAGUCUCUGACUAGGGCCCUCUAGCCAACUCUGGAUGAUGAUAAUAUGACCAAUUAUUGGAGAUUUUUCGAUUAAAUAUUUGAUACGGACACCGGAACAAAAUUAAUGUAGUCAAGUUACAGGAAAUUUCGUCACUAACGGCAACGCCGCGUUUCCGGGAUUUUUUAGUUGGAUUUCGUGAAUUUUCGUAAAUUACGGCAACAUUGUACGGAUUUUAUAGUCGACUUUUAGGAAAUUUUGUCGCUAACGGCAACACCGCAUCUCCGGGAUUUUAGUUAGAUUUCAGAAAUUUUUGUAAAUUACGGCAACACUACGUAUUUUAUAGUCGCUAUUUGUGAAAUUCUUUAGAUUUCAAGAAUUUUGGUAAAAUAUGGCAACGCUGUGCGGAUUUUUGUGAGAUUGCAAGGAUUCAGGGAUUUUUGUAAACCAUGACAACAUCUUUAACUACUUCGUUAUCGACACCGUACUACAAAACAUGGUUAAAUUUUAGUAAAUUUUGUCACUAACGGCAACACCGCAUACUUGUAUUUGUUUAGUUGAAUUUCCGGAAUUUUUUUAAACCAUGGCAACAGUGUCGAGACUUUAUAGUCGACUUUAGUGAAAUUUUGUGGAUAUCGACAACACCGCGUCCGGGUUUUCAGUUAGAUUUCGGGUUUUUUCUUUUCAGUUUUUCGUCAAGUUUUAAAAAUUUUUGUCACUAUGGGCAACAACGCAUAUUGUUUAGUUGGGUUCUCCGAAUUUUCGUAAACUGUGGCAACAAUUUCGAGAUCUUAUAGCCGACUUUUGGGAAAUUUUGUCGUUAUCGGCAACAUCGCGUCCGGGUUUUUACUUUAGUUUUCAGGAAUUUUGGUAAAUCCCAGCAAUUUUUUUAUUUUUUUUGUAAUUGACAUUAAACAAAUUAAAAAAUACGAACCUUAA